CGUUCGAUUUUACUUGUAACUAUUUCACUUUUUGGGUUCAACUUAAUAUGAGAAGGAUUGCAACUUGUAGCAUUUUUCGUAUACUUUUCGACCAUCUAAAUUUUGAACUUAAAAUAUGAAAUUAUACACCUUGAAUUUAAAAAGCGAAACAGUGACAAGUAAAAUCGAACAAAAGGAAUAUUAUUGAGUAUUUUUUUGUGUUGGGUAUGUAAGUAAAAAAUAUUAUGGUAAAAGGUAGAUUCUGCACUGUCCCGUGUUGCCAUAUUAUUCCUCUCCUUUGUACCCGGAUUUGCUACACUUGACCGUUAUGAUUCUAUUGUAAUUUUCCCCAAAUUCCCCAAUUUACCGGCUUUCCUGAUUCUUUCCGGAUUUUAGUUACAGUUGGUCAGUAGUUAAGACAGGGAGGUCAGUUAAACAGUUAGAGGAAAAGUUAGUUACAACUAAAUUUUGAAACUUGACCUGUAUAAGUUGCAAUUAAGGAUUCGAUUGUAAUCGGUUUUUCAAUCUCAGAAAAGAUCAAUAAACUUCUUUUUCUCUUUCUUAGAAAUCUAGAGUUCUUAAGCUCUUGGGAGAGCUGUGCAAGGGCAAUUAUACCAUUUUUGCUCUUUGGGCUAUCUCGUUUUCAUUACACUUUUUCACUGAAUAAUCAAGGGUCCUAUCAGCGGUAUUAGUGCUUUCUAUUCUCUGACUAUCUCCACGGGAGAUCAUAACACAAGAAUGAAAGAAAUUCGUAGGGAGGUUGAUAAUCUCAAAGCUCAAUUGAGGGAGCAGACAGUUUAGUUGCCGGAACUCGACAGGCUGUCAAUGAGCGAGUUGAGCAGGCCAUGAAUGAGAUUAGAAGGAUGUUUGUGGAGAUUCGAAAUGGAGGUCCAAUUCCUCAGCAAGGGGAGGGAGAGAGGGAAUGCAGGAAGGUCGUGACAAUGGCAGACAGAGGAACUAAUAGAUGUACACUAGAUAUUUUUAGGUAGAAUUUCCAAAAUUCGAUGGGGAAGGGUUAAGGGAUUGGUUGUAUAAGUGUGACCAAUUUUUCAAUAUAGACGAUACCCCGAUGAAUCAAGGGUGAAGUUAGCAUCCUGCAAUCUAGAGGAUAAAGCUUUACAGUGGAUCAAGCCUACAUGAAGAGCAGGUUAACCUGAGAGUGGCCCCGGUGAGGUUAGUAUUUGAGGUGCCUAUAUUCUAGAUUUGGGGCUGAGCUUUUCGAUGACCCAAUGGGAGAUUUCAAAGACUUGAAAUAGGUGGGUACUGUCCAGGAAUACAUAGAUCUGUUUGAUGAAUUGUUGACUAGGGUAGAAUUGCCAGAAGACUAUGUGGUGAGUUGUUUUAUCAGGGGUUUGAAGCCAGAAAUUUGCUACCUGGGAAGAUGUUGGCUCGUAGAAUCCUAUCUAACGCUAUGAGUUCGGCAAAAAUUCAUGAACAGACGUUGAUAGUGCAAAAACAAGUGUUUACCACUUCUGAAAUACUACCUAAUCCAAAUAACAACUCCAAAUUUCUUACCACAAAUACUUCUUCAUUCCAAAAUCCCAAUACUCCAGUUAGAAAUGCCCAACCUCUCACCAAAUCUCAAUCAAAUACUGGCCCCCAAAAUAACUACAGUAAUGCUAAACUGUUGAUACCUAAAGAAAUGGAUGAGAGGAGUAAAGGAUUGUGUUUUAACUGUCAUGAAAUACUCCUUUGUCCAUGUUUGUAAAGGGAAGAGACAACUCUUUUUCAUGGAGGUGGAAAAGGGGGAAGAGCCUGCAGAAGUCAUGGAAGAAGAGGCUAUGGUGGAUACUGCUGAACUCUUAUCUAUGAUGGGGCAGAAUUUUGAGACAGAUCAGGAGGGAGCUAUUUUACCUCAUAUUUCAGUCCGUGCCAUGAAUGGAAUUCAUGACUUUAGAACCAUGAGAGUGACGGUAAAGAAAGGCAAUUCAGGUUUUGAUAGAUACGGGAAGUACACACAACUUCCUCAACCUAGAGACAACUAAAAAAUUAGGAUGUUUGUUGACUACUAUUUCUCCUUUUGAUGUAUCUAUAGCUAAUGGGAAGAAUUUCCAGAGCAAUUAUGUCGGCAAGAAUUUGACAUGGAAGAUGCAGGGUUCACUUUUGAAUCAGAUAUGUUGACCUGGCCUUUAGGAGGUUGUAACAUGUUAUUGGGAAUCCAGUGGUUGAUCUCUUUAAGUGAUGUUCUGCGGAGCUUCAAGAAGCUAAAGAUGGCGUUUAGUGUGAAAGGUCAUAAGGUAUCUUUGAGGGGCAUGCAACCUCCUGACAACAAGGUGCUUCAGUAGGAUGGAAUGACCAAACUGUUGGCCGAACCUCUUGAGCUUUGUAUGAUUUUUGUAGGGGAUAUUCAAAAAGGUACCCUCACAACCAGAUGUUAGCUUGUGAGAUGCAGGAAGAAGUACAAGAAUUGCUGCAAGAUUACAGACAAUUGAAUGACUGCACAGUUAAAAAUAAGUUUCCAAUUCCUAUCAUUGAAGAAUUACUUAAUGAAUUACGCGGCGCUAAAAUCUUUAAUAAGUUGGAUUUAAGGUCUGGUUACCAUCAGAUCAAAAUGUUUGAGCUGAUAAUCCAAAAACUGCUUUUAGAACUCACUAUGGACGCUGAGUUUUUGGUCAUGCCAUUUGGCCUAACAAAUGCACCUUCCACUUUCCAAAGUCUUAUGAAUCGGAUUUUUUACAAGCAUCUCAGGAACUUCAUCUUGGUAUUUUUUAUUAACAUCUAGUGUAUAGCCCCACAAUGUCUGAUCACUUGAUCCAUCUGAGAACUACUUUUCACAUUUUGAGAGAUCAAACCUUAUUUGUCAUGCAAAGUAAAUUUACUUUUGGAGUCUCACAGAUGCACUAUGUAGGCCAUGUUAUUUCUGGGCAAGGGGUGGUUAUGGAUCCACACAAGGUGGAAGCAGUAGUGAACUGGCCCUGCUAGUAACCCUUAAACAGCUUGGGGGUUUUCUAGGAUUGGUUGGAUAUUAUAGAAGAUUUAUAAAAGACUAUGGCCUUAUUGCCAGACCUCUACAUGGUUUGUUGAAGCAAGGAAAAUUUAGGUAAAUGGGGAAGCAACUACAACAUUUGAGGCACUCAAAACAACUAUAACUUCAGCACCAAUGCUUACUCUCCCAGAUUUCUCUUUGGAAUAUGUAAUUGCGACUGAUGCGUCUGGUGGAGGCAUAGGAGCUGUGUUAACACAAGGAAAGAAACCAAUUGCCAUUUUCAGUCAGGGUAUAUGUGACGAGAAUAAGGCCCUAUCAGUCUAUUAGAGAGAACUUCUUGCUCUAGUAUCAGCAGUUCAGAGAUGGAGACAAUACCUACUUGGUAGGAAUUUUGUGAUCAAAACUGAUCAUCACAGCCUCAAGUACUUGUUGGAGCAGAAAAUUAGCCAACUUAAAUAGUUGAUCAAACUGUUAGGCUAUGACUACAACAUUGAUUACAUGAAAGGAAGGAUAACACUGUGGCUGUUGCUCUUUCAAGACUAGACAGUUCUAUCCCACUUAAUAGCAUCUCUAGGGAUUCAAUUUGAUCUUCUGGAAGAGGUUAAUCAGUCUUGGAUAUCAGGUCCUACAUUGAAGAAGUUGAUGCAGAUUAUUCAAGUUGAUACAACAACGACAACAUACCCAGUAGAUUAUUCAAGCUGAUCUUCCACAAAAACCUUAUUUCAAGUUCCAUGCUGGUAUUUUGACUAGAAAGGGCAAAUUAAUGGUGGGAGUCGGAUGAGCAUUUAAGGAAGAAAUUCUUGAGUUUAACAUGGAAGUGCCCUGGGAGGACAUUCAGGGAUCAAAGCAACUCUGCUGAGGUUGAGACGGGAUUUUUACUUGAAAAGGAUGAAACAGGAAGUUUACACGUUUGUAAGGCAGUGUGAUGUAUGCCAGCAAUGCAAAGGGGUGAGUAUUUCCUACCUGGUUUAUUGCAGCCCCUACCCGUCCCGCUGGAGUUUGGCAGGACAUUUAAAUGGAUUUUAUUGAAGGACUACCACCUGUGGCUGGAAAGAAGGUGAUCUUUGUAGUAGUGGAAGAUUAAGCAAAGCUACUUUUUUCUUACCCCUUAAACAUCCAUACUCAGCUUUGGAUGUGGCUUAGCUGUUCAUGAAUGUGAUUUUUAGGCUGCAUGGCAUGCCUAAAUCCAUUAUCAGACAGAGACAGAGAUGCUGUCUUCACAAGUAGAUUUUGGAUGGAGCUCUUUACUCUUCAAAAGGUUUCACUCUUGACCUCUACUGCAUAUUAUCCUCAGACUGAAGUGGUUAACAGGUAUUUGGAGGGCUAUCUAAGAUGCAUGACAUUUGAGAAACCUAAGAAGUGGCCUAUGUGGUUGCCUUUGGCUGAGUGGUGGUACAAUACCACUUUCCAUUCCUCAACCAAGAAGACCAGACCCCAUAUGAGAUUGUGUAUGGUCAACCAUCACCUCCACUACUACCUUACCUGGCUCUGCACUCUCAGAUAGAUGUUAUUGACAGAAGUUUGAUGGCUAGGGAACUACUUUAAGGUUUCUCAAAGCUUGUCUGGCCAGGCUCAGUGCAGAAUGAAGGAUCAAGCUGAUAAAGGUAGAACUAACAGGUGUUACAAUGUUUGUUGAUUGGGUUUACAUCAAAUUACAACCUUAUAGACAACUUUCACUCAAGUCCCAUUCCUUUCAAAAGUUGGCAGCUAAACUUUUUUUGGACCCUAUCAGAUUAUUGCUAACCUUGGGUGUGUUCUACUGGUGCCUGAGGCGGUCCUAGAUAUGGGAUUAAUUCAGAAGAAAGGUCGAGCUGUUUCUCAAUGGCUUAUCAAGUGGUUUAAUGCUCCUGAGGAAGAUAGCACCUGGGAAGAUCACCACACUUUCUGUCAACAAUUUCCUCAUUUCCAUCCUUGAGGACAAGGAUGCUAUGAUGGGGGAGUAUUUUUAUCAUUCUACUUUUAACAAAACCCUUGUGGAGAAUUCGAAUCGUGUGCGUAAUUUGACUGCUAGAACAAAUGCUACUUCUUCUGAUGCUUCGGAUGAGAUUAUUGUAAUUAACAAAGAGGCUACAACUGAGGCAUUAAUUGCUUUAACUGCGGGGUUUCCAGCUGACUCCUUGACUGAUGAGGAAAUCGAGGCUAAAGUUGUUUCUGUAGUGGGUGGUAUCGAACAGGUUAAUUACAUUCUUAUUAGAAACCAUAUACUUACCAAAUGGCGAGUAAAUGUAUCCACUUGGAUAACGAAAGAGAUGUUCGUUGACGUUAUACCUAAGCAUUGUUGUGCUUUGCUGGAUUCUGCUCAUAAUUAUUUGGUAUCACGUGGAUAUAUUAAUUUUGGAGUUGCACCGGCUAUUAAGGAUAGGAUUCCAGCUGAGCCGAGUAAGCCUAGUGUUAUCAUUAUUGGGGCAGGACUUGCGGGGUUAGCUGCAGCGAGGCAUCUGAUGAUGUUUGGCUUUAAGGUUACAAUUUUGGAGGGAAGAAAACGUCCGGGCGGAAGAGUGUACACGAAAAAAAUGGAAGGUGGGAAUAAGGUGGCUGCUGCUGAUUUGGGAGGAAGUGUGUUGACAGGUACACUAGGGAACCCACUUGGUCUUUUGGCGCGGCAGCUCUCUUACACACUUCACAAGGUCAGAGACAAAUGCCCUCUUUAUCGCGUGGAUGGGAAGCCAGUUGAUCAAGAUUUAGAUCACAAGGUGGAGACUGCUUAUAACCUACUUUUGGAGAAGGCAAGCACGCUCAGGCAGUUAAUGGGAGCAGUUUCUCAGGAUGUAUCUCUUGGAGCAGCACUGGAGACUUUCCGUCAGGACUAUGAAAAUGCUGUGAAUGAAGAGGAGAUGGGUUUGUUUAAUUGGCAUCUAGCAAAUCUAGAAUAUGCAAAUGCAGGUCUGAUUUCCAAGCUUUCCUUAGCAUUUUGGGACCAAGAUGACCCCUUUGACAUGGGAGGGGAUCAUUGCUUCCUGCCUGGAGGAAACGCAAAACUAGUUCAGGCAUUAGCUGAAAAUAUACCUAUUCUUUAUGAAAAAAUUGUGCAUACCAUUCGUUAUGGUAGUGAUGGAGUACAGGUUGUAGCUGGGGGGCAAGUAUUUGAGGGAGAUAUGGCACUGUGCACUGUUCCUCUUGGAGUUCUGAAAGGUGGUUCUAUUAAGUUCAUUCCAGAGUUGCCUCAGCGGAAGCUUGACGGAAUAAAAAGAUUGGGAUUCGGAUUGUUAAAUAAGGUUGCAAUGCUUUUCCCAUAUGUGUUCUGGGGCACUGAUCUUGAUACCUUUGGGCAUCUUACUGAUAAUUCUGGUAGCAGGGGUGAAUUCUUUCUGUUCUAUAGCUAUGCAACUGUUGCUGGUGGUCCCUUAUUGUUAGCUCUAGUUGCUGGAGAAGCUGCACACAAGUUUGAGACGAUGCCCCCGACUGAUGCAGUGACAAAAGUUCUUCAAAUUCUAAAAGGUAUAUAUGAACCACAAGGGAUUGAAGUUCCAGAGCCAAUCCAAACUGUAUGUACGAGAUGGGGAAAUGAUCCUUUCAGCCUGGGUUCUUACUCUAAUGUUGCAGUGGGGGCAUCAGGAGAUGACUAUGAUAUUUUAGCUGAAAGUGUGGGUGAUGGCAGACUUUUCUUUGCUGGUGAGGCCACAAAUAGGCGCUAUCCUGCCACUAUGCACGGAGCUUUCCUUAGUGGGCUCAGAGAAGCUGCGAACAUAGCCCACCAUGCUGAGGUUAGAGCCAUGGGUUUGAAGGUUGAGAAAAAACCAUCAAAGAGUGCUCAUUAUUAUGCUACUGUUUUGGAUGACUUAUUUAGGGAGCCAGACGUGGAAUUUGGUAGUUUUUCUAUAAUUUUUGCUAGUAAGAGUUCGGAUCCUGAGUCACCAGCAAUUUUGAGGGUGAAUUUCAAUGUGCCCCAAUCGCGGAAUCAUGGUGGGACAAGGCCUGAUAGACAUCUUUCUAAUAAAUUACUUUUUCAGCAGCUUCAGUCCCAAUUUAAUAACCAGCACGACCUUCAUGUUUAUACCUUGUUAUCCAAGCAACAAGCGCUUGACCUUAGAGAGGUCAGAGGUGGUGACCCGAUGAGACUGAAUUUCCUUUCUGAGAAACUUGGGGUGAAACUGGUUGGUAGAAAAGGUUUGGGUCCAAAUAUUGAUUCUAUAAUUGCUUCAAUUAAGGCUGAGAGGGGAACGCGCAAACAUGGUUCCAGAUCUCUUACACCUAAAUCUGGUGUCAUGAAGUCAAAAGCCACCAAUAUCAAGGGGAAAACAGUUAGAAAGGCUAAAGUUGUAAGCGGAGGCAAUAGAAUCACUUCAUUCCCUGCUGUUAGCAGCAGGAUUAAAGCAGUUGGUAGCAGCACUACCAUGAUUCCUCUGACAAAUGUUGACUUGGAACCUAAACCAGUUGGCGGCAUUGGAUCUGUAGCUUCUCCAAGUUUGAAUAUUGGUGUAAGUGACAACGUUGGGUCAAAUUCAGUGGGCAGUGGUUCUGUACACCUGCUUCCCAAUGCAAGCAUUGGUGAUAAGUUUGACGGUAAUAUUGAUAGUUAUACAGUUCCAAUUUUGGAUGUUGGAGGAAAGACAGGAAGCAAUAGCGAUGGGCCUGUUUAUCCCAGGAGUACAUAUGAUGAUAGCACAGAUACAUGUGCUCCGCCUUCUAGUGGAAAUUCCGCUAUUCAGCAUACAUCAGGUGAUGGGGAGUUGGAAACUAUGAUGCUUGACGGGGAAUCGAGGAUGUGAUUGUCAGCUUGACACCUAUCGCUUGCUUACUCGUCGCUUUCAAGAGUUACACAUAUUUUACAACCGACUCCCAUCUUAUGAUACUGCAGUCUGCAGUUGUUCUGUCUAGUGUUUUUGUUAUACUGCUGCGUAACUUAGAAGGCAUCCAUUUGGGAUUUCUAGCCCAUUGUGUAUAUUGCAACUUUUAGGAGCUCACCAACCUUUGCAGUUUUAGUUGCCAAUUUCUCAGUACAGUUGUACAUUAUCCCUAGGAGGGGAACCUUUUUUUUGAUAUAUAGAUGCAGUAAAGAUUUUUCCUGA